AUGAUUUCUCGAGCUUCAACUAGUUCUUCCUGUAAUCAAAGACCUAUUUUGCUUAUCGAUAAUGUACAACUUAAAGAAGAAGAAGAGGAUGAGUGCUAUGAGUUAAUGGAAGAUGAAGAAGAUGACGAAGUAGGAUAUGAAUCACAGCCACGAGAAACGAAUGAAUUUGAAUGCUUAGAGGAAGUCAAUUGUUCAACUGAAGGAACUGAUCGCAAACCGGCGUGUUCCAUAUGUGGACGAUCUUAUUCGUCCAAAUAUUUACUAUUCAGAUGGCCUGUGGACCAUAGGAUGAGAAUAACAUGGGCCGCUGAAAUAGGUUUGCGAGAGGCUCCAACUGACGAUAAUGCCUUCAUAUGUGCCAUUCACUUUUCUUCAUCAGAUUUUUCUUUCAUAAAUGGAAGAAUAUUCUGGGAGAAGGGAUCUUUUCCAAGAUAUAAGAGUAGUAGACCAUCAAAUGAACCUCCUUUCCCCUGGGAAAGACAAAGGACAGAGUACCCAAAACCAAAUAGGACUGAAGCCAAGCUUGUAGUUGAUCAUAGUAAUUAUCAAGUCAGUUAUAGGAGAUCGUUUUAUAAGAAUAAGAGAAGAAACUCUCACGAGGUAGCUGUUAUUUCAAAAUUAGACACGAACACAUAUUUGGAAUUUUCUUACAAUAGGACUUCGCAAUUAGAUGGAACGAAAUUCUAUUCAUGUCUUGGUUGUCGAAAAGCCAAAGCAGAAUCUGAUGUCAAAGAUGUUAUUCGAACUAUUCAUAUCGACGGAACUGCGAUUUUAAGUAAAGAUGAUCCUUUCUAUGGCCAUCACUACGCUUGUUUCCCAAUCCAAUCGGAACCUCACCUUAAAAACUAUAGACCUGCCAUUCCUCAACCUAUGCAUAUGGAUAUGGGUGUUGUUUAUGCCUCAGGAGAUGUCAUUUAUGUAGAUGAGGAGGUGAAUCCCAACGAGUCUGUUUGGGAUUCUGUAGAUAACUCUAGUCUUAUUAAUUUGGAUGAAAUUCCUUUCUAUGGUGAGCUUUCGCAACAAACGAAAGAGCCACCACCCAAACAAAGAUCUCGUCCAAUACCCAAACAGAAAAAUUGUAAUGAAUGGAAAAACCGAAAACCCAAAUGCCAUCUUUGCUUUCUCGUUCUUCCAUCUACCCUUCAAUUAAUUAAACAUUUAGAAAACCAUGUGAAUAACCCCGUAAGGUGUCGGAAAUGUGAACACAAAAUUCCUGUUGAUCAUCUGCCUAAUAGGAUCUUUCCCGUGUGUAAAAGCUGCAAACGAAAAAACAGAGAACGGACUUUAUUGAGCAGAUCAUAG